AUGACGGAGGGAGCGCACUGUCUUCUCCAGGAGCGCGUUAGCCACAACACACACACACUGCUCCUCCUGCCAGUGGGAUGAGACCAGUGUGUCGGACUGGGAUGAACAUUUAAGUGGAGAACUUUUUUCCCUCUUUCUCCUUCUGCUGUUAUUAUUUUUUGUUUGUUUUGGAGGUGGAGACCUGUUAGGACGAGCGCGUUUACACUCUCCAGGAGCGCGCAGUGUGGCACACGCUGGAACAAAAAGCAGCACAGUGCAGCGAGUGCAGCGCAGGCAGGUUUUAAAAGCAGCAGGAGAGGCAGGAGAGUUACGGAGUCCGCCGGGAAGCGGUGUCGGUGCACGGGGGAAGACGGAGACCUCUAAAAACGAGAUAUUGAGAAGAAAUCAGCGGCGGAACUUGGAUAUGGCGGGUGUGAAGACGUUCGACCUUCUCGUUGGACUUGUUUUAGUUUUGCGGUGUGUUGGGGAUGCCCGAGCCGAGAUCCCAGCCAGUGACGGGGUCUCUUACUCAUACGUGCAGGGGCAGGCAGGAGAUGAGGACGCUGCAGUGGACGUGAAGCUGUACAGUCACCGGUGGAGAAGAUGGCUCCCCCCGAAACCACGUAAUAUGGACAGUAACAGGGCCAGUCAGGAGCAGGACCAGGAUCCUGAGCAGGAGGAGCCCGAGGGUUUCCCAGGCCUGCUGUCUGCAGAGGAAACAGACAACAGCUCCCAGAUAGAGGAGGACACAGAUCACAACUACUACACAUCGAAAACAUACAACCCGUCAGAUCCGAUGAGCAAAGACUUGUGGGUAGAUAUCGACCAGAUGGACAAGGACAAAGUGAAGAUCCACGGGAUUCUGUCCAACACACACAGACAAGCAGCGAGAGUUAAUCUGUCCUUCGAUUUCCCUUUUUAUGGACAUUUCCUGCGUGAAAUCACCGUGGCGACUGGUGGCUUCAUCUACACGGGUGAUGUGGUCCACCGGAUGCUCACAGCUACACAGUACAUCGCUCCACUGAUGGCAAACUUUGACCCCAGUGUCUCCAGAAACUCUACUGUCAUCUACUUUGACAACGGCACGGCUCUGGUGGUGCAGUGGGACCAUGUCCACCUACAGGACAACUACAACCUGGGGAGCUUCACCUUCCAGGCAACACUGCACAACACUGGAAGGAUUGUUUUUGCAUACAAAGAGAUCCCCAUUGAGGUGUCACAGAUCAGCUCUGUCAAUCACCCGGUGAAGGUGGGCCUGUCUGAUGCCUUUGUGGUGGUCCACAAGAUCCAACAGAUACCCAACGUAAGGCGAAGGACAAUCUAUGAAUACCAUCGCGUGGAGCUGACAAAGACGAGGAUCACCAACUCUACAGCCGUGGAAAUGCUGCCUUUACCCACCUGUCUCCAGUUCACCAGCUGUAGCUCGUGCAUCACCUCACAGAUCAACUUCAACUGCAGCUGGUGCCAUCGACUCAACAGAUGUUCCAGUGGCUUUGACCGGCAUCGGCAGGACUGGGUGGAUAACAGCUGCCCAGAUGAGACCAAGGACAAGAUGUGUGACGACAUCGACACCACGUAUCUCUACCCCUUCACCACCACGAUUAUCGCCAGAACAACAUCCAGGAGCAAACAGGCCACUGCGGACAGGGACAAUCCCUCCACCUCCCACCCCCCCACCAGUGUCCCCACUGAAGAUGAUACCAAGAUCGCCCUGCAUCUCAGAGACAACCAGGUGCUGCCUGCAGACAGUGCUGUCGACAGGAUGCCAGGAACUCACCCUUUGCACACUGGUCUGAUCCUUGGCAUCCUCCUGGUGAUGCUCGUCAUGAUUGCUGGCGUGCUGGUCACUGUAUACAUCUACCAUCACCCAACCUCUGCAGCCAGUCUCUUCCUUAUUGAGAGACGCCCGAGCAGGUGGCCAGCCAUGAAGUUUCGCCGAGGCUCAGGCCACCCAGCCUACGCAGAGGUGGAGCCAGUGGGCCAGGAGAAGGAGGGCUUCAUCGAGUCCGAGCAGUGCUGAGGCAGGAGGGGGCGUCUGCAUCCCCGCGCCCCCCCUCCCCUCCCUCCUGUGCCGGCCCUCCUCCCUCCUGCUCCACAGGCACUUCUCACCAGAACCUCCAGGAUCUGCUUAUCAGUGUACACAAUGACUCGUUAAGACUGCGGAAUCGGCCCAUUGAGCGCUAGAUGAGACUGGAUACAGCAGCCAAUGAUAUGAGGAAGUGAGAGCGCCCUGAAAACUGAUCCCAGACAAGCCCAUUGUUCAGCUCCUGUUGGCAGGGAACUGACCCGCCUGGGACAGAGGGAGGGGACAGCAUUGAUGUCAUCGACUCAGUCAGCAUUGGUUAAGUUUUGUUUGGCCGCUAUCACGUUGCCAUGGAGGGAUUGUGCUGCCUAUUGGUGUGGUCGAGGGGGGAGCAGGGUGAAUUAUACAAUAUAUAUUUUCAGAAACAAUACAGAGUAUGUGAACACAGAUUUCCACUUUAUUGUCGGUGGGGUUAUACUGUAUAGGCCUUUGUAUAUCCAUCAGGUUUUUACUUCUUGUUUUCCUUUUUCUUUCAGUGUGUUGUUUUCACAGGGGUUGGCACAUGUGUCUGUACAGACCGUCGGUAUUGCUUUUCAAUACCAUCGCAGGCUUAAAUGACUUUUCCACUGCCCGCUCAGCACAGAGAGGCUGCAGCUGUGCGACAUGACGCCAGCUGAAGGCCUGUCACUGCGAUCGAUCGCAGCUCAGAGAAGAGCUCUGAACACUGAGCGGCGGUGUUGAAUUAGUUUGUGGCUGGUUUCAUUUUCUGAAAAUGAAGUGUGAGAUGUUUUUUGUUCACUGAGGAAAUCUCAGUGGGUUUUUUCUUUUUAAAUGGGUGAUGGGCACUCUCUAUCUUUCUCAUUAUUUCGAUUGGUUCUUUGAUUCCUUACAUCAUGGAUACCAUUUAAUGUGUUUUUUUGUUUUUACUUUUUGCAGUUUUUUUCAUGACUGCCGUGCCAUUUUGUCCCUGACUAGAGUUUGCACAAUUUUAUUUUCAUUGACAUGUGGUACUAAUGCAAAAUUGCAAGACAGGCGCUUGUGAGUGUGUAUGCUGAAUAUAUUUUCUAAAGUGUAAGUGAUUCUGUGUGUGUGUGUGUGUGUGUGUGUGCGUGCGUGUGUGUGUGUGUGUACAUGUGUAUGAAUGCAAAAGAGAGCAGUUUACAUUAGUGAUUGGAUAUCCACCUGCUUUAUGGGUGCAUAUGUUUGAGCUGGCUCUGCACAGGUGAUUCUUAUUGAUUUGAAUCUGAGGUAUCUGGAUACAGAUUGUUUGAGCCUGACGACACACUGGUACGGUUGGAGUUUCUUUGAUUUUUUACAGUGUGGGUUCCUUUUCCAGUAUGUUGCCAGCAUAACCAUUGGCUAGUCUGUGUUUAUGUUAUGAUGGGCUCAUCCGUGUCAACACAUUAAUGUAUAUACCAAGGCCAAAACAUUUGCAGAUUCAGGUAACUCAUGGCAAACAUUUAUAGUAUAGCAGUAUAGUACAGAAAAAACUUUUUUAUUUUUUAUGAGUGGCCUUUUUUUCUCUACUUUUUUACUUAAAUGUGAAUACUGUUCCAAUCAUUACUGAUCAAUACACAAGGCUUCUGACUGACAAAUUCAAACCUUCACUUCUACUGUUAAAAAUAUUAUCUCAAGACAAAGUCAUGUUCUUACACCAAUGAUUGUAGACUCAUUUUUAGAUCCUGGAAUUCUACUGAAAAAUAAAGCGUGCAAUAUUACACCCAUUCAGUUUGACACUGUAAAUACAUAAAAAAAACAAUCAUCUGGAUUUUGUUUAAUUUACACUUUGUUGUCAUCACAUUGAGACCAAAGACUAAUCAGCAUCAUAUAUUUACCUCAACCUCCCCACAGCCUUGGCAGCCAUUACACCAUCCACAUCAAACCAGCUAGUUGUAGCUACACAGGUUUAUUGGUUAUACUUCUGCAGACAUUUACAUUGUUAUAAUACUGCUACUCAUGUGACAGCUCUUUAAACCCCUCCCCCUAAAAACCAUAACAAGGCAUAGCAAGCAUGUCAAGCUUUGGAUUCCUCAACAUCAUUAACGGUCCAGGAAACGAUAAAAAACUAUAGACUUUUAUAGUUUUCUUGUCAAAGGUGCGGAAAUACUCAAAGUGUCUGGGUGCACUCUGGCACAAACUGGACUGUUCAUAAAUUCAGAGCGCUGUUGGAAUGUAACGUUCGGUUAUUCAGAACACCACACAGUCGAAGCAGCAGUGCGCCAAGUAGAGUGAAUGUGUGAUUAACUUUAUGGUUUGUUAAAUCAUGUAGAAAUAGAACGCUCUAUCUCUUCAAAAACCAGUGCUCUCAUUUUAAUGUAGAGCAUCAGAUUGGAUUUAUAAACGCACCUCAAAUUUAGGUAGCUGUGGUGAGUACAGUAAGGAUGACAAGGCAGAAGUUAGUGUUGCCCUGGUUGCUUUACAAAUUUGCACCUGUGAGUGCAAAAAUGUUAACUAAUAGACCUUUUUCACAGCAGACAUUUUGCCUCAUCAUUGUAGGAAAAGCACAGGUGUAUUAAAUGGCAUCAAUGAUGGCUGCAUUCCACUCAUGACAGGCUUUGACAUUGUGCAUGCUGGCACACUGGAAUAGCUUACUGGGACACUAAUUGGAACUCAGCCACUAUUAAUGCUAUCAGUUUCACCUGUGCUUUUCCUACAAUGACGAGGCAAAAUGUCUGCUGUGAAAAAGGUCUAUUUCCGAGUUUUAGGACACAUGCCUGCACCACUCUACAAGAGCAAAAGUGUAAGGAAUCAAUUUAGCUGUGUGUGGAACUGCCCUAUCGCAGCCUGCAAUGAAUGAAUGAUCUUUAUUGUCACUAUACCCACAGGUAUUAUGGAACAUUGUUUUACUACUCUCUGGUGAAUUAGAACUAAACAAAAAGCCAGACAAAGACAAAACUCAAAAAGACUGAGAGAUAAAUAAGAGCAACACUGGAACAAAUAAAAGAAUCAAUUGUUAGCAUGUCCGGCUAACCAGCUGAACGUUAGCAUGCAUGGAACCUAGACACUGUCGGUGUUUGGGCAAACAUUUGCAUCUGGAUGGUGCUUUUGGAUUAUUUUUGUUUUAGGGAAGUUAACAACUUCAGCAACUCCAGCCAGUGUUACUCAAGAUAGGGUUAUAGCUGUAUUUACUCACGUAGGUAUUAUUAGCUAACCAUUGGUUUCUCUAAAUGGUAUUUAACCAGCGUUGUGUAAAAAAGAUCAUUUUAAAUCACUUGAAUGUAUUUCCAGAAUUCCCAAAGACUGACCAAAUUGCUCCUAGUUUCUGAAUCAAAACAAAGAUGGCAACCAGCCGACUAUCUGUAGGGAAAACAGUCACAACUUGGAAAACAGGUGAAAAAUUGUUUUUUCAUGCAGUGAACUAAAAAUCUUUUCAUGACGAUGGUUAGGAGAAUGUUUGAGGAUUCUGAAAAUGCUUUCAGGACAGCAGUGUUUUUAUAACUAACUUCUGGAUUAAUUAUCUUUUCACGAUACCAAUGGUUCGCUACCUCAGUCACCCAGUGAAUGCUAAUACAAAUUUGUCUGCCUUAGACAGCUUCAGUCUUAUUAAGCUACAUAAUGUAUGUACCUGUCGUGCAUAUUUAAGACCCCUUUACAAAAUUGGUGUUUUAGGAAAAAAAAGUAAGCAGCAGUAAGCAUUAAAAAGCCAGACAGAGACAAAGUUUUUAACCCACUUUUGGAGCUUACGUUAGCUUAAUUAGCUAGCUUGGUACAGCUAGCUGAAAUUAGAAACUUAUUGUUGGAAAAAAUAAUAUGAAUUUUCCUGGUAAAUCUGUAACUUUAUCUUCUGUCAAGUUCGAGAGCUUAACGGGCAUAGCAACAGUAACUAAAGGGGGUCAAGGCUUAACAUACUGCUGACAUCUUUCAUCUAAAUUUCAUCGUCUAAAUACACUCUCAUUGACACAUAACAUGCACACCCAAAGAUUCACACUAGAGUCAUGCACAAAUACCAAAUCAAGGACUCACUGGCUGUUAGAAACCGCCACACAGACCUUUCUUUACAACCACUCUGAGAUCUGAUGUGGUCUCAUUGGUGUCGACCAGAGAGUACAAACCCCCGCUUUUCAAACCCUCUUUUACAACUCCUCAUAAGUCCUUUCCACAGCAGUGUUUAAACAGUGUACAGAAGAGAACAGAGGAUCAAGUUUAACAAGCUUUUUCAUGCAGAUAUUUUCCCCGAUACUGUUAAGAUCGAUCCCUCAUUGCUUGUUUAAUACUGCCACCUGAAGCUGCAAGUGUUUUUAUAACCACUGUCAAAAUGCAGUCAGAGAAAGUGGCCGACGGUAAGAUUUGUUUGUGUUAAACUCGUCCACGCAAAAAGCCGAAACACUUUGAUCAUAGAAAACUCCUCACUUGCUUCACUGGACUUGACUAAUCACUUUCACUCCCACUUUCCUAACAAUGUUAUUUUAGAUGACGAAAAGCAGCAUAGUGGUGUUGUCGAGACAGGUCACUGAUUUCUCUCUGGCUCAUGGGUUGGAUCGAGAGUCACACAGAUUCAGCGACGAUUGCCAGAGCUCGAUAUAAACAAGAACUGCGACCUUGUUUUAUUUUAUCAUGACACACAAUGAGACUCAAAAUCACACAGUAUCAUAGCUGUCUGUAAUUUCUGUAACUACUGUUGUUUUGAUUACAUUUGAAAUAAUAAACAAUGUUGUUAAAAACAAA